UCUCGGGAUAACUCUUUACUCUCGCGCCAUUUGUCCUCCUUAUUCUCCUCUUGUCAUCUGAAUUUCGCUAUCUUCUAGCUCCUUUCCCCUCUCUCGCCUCUCUCCUGCCCAGCUCUUCUACCCUUCCACAGCACCCCGCCCCCGCUUAUCGCCAUGGCCACAACACCAGCAGGCCGCAUGCUGGCCCGUCAGUUACAACAUAUGCAAUCAGACAAAGACCUCCCCGGGAUUAGCUGUGGACUUGUAGACAACAAUGUGUUCGAAUGGGAGGUCAUGCUCAUGAUCUCUGACGAUGUUAAACUAUAUGGCGGUGGUUUCUUCCGUGCUCGACUUUCCUUCCCCCCCGAGUACCCUCAUAUGCCGCCGAAGAUGAAGUUCGAGCCGCCGCUUUUUCACCCCAACAUCUACCCUAACGGCGAGGUUUGCAUCUCCAUCCUGCACCCACCGGAAGAAGAUAAAUAUGGCUAUGAGUCUGCCGCCGAGCGCUGGUCACCCGUCCAAACACCUGAAACAAUCCUCCUUUCCGUGAUUUCCAUGCUCUCCAGCCCGAAUGACGAGAGCGCAGCAAACGUUGAGGCCGCUCGUCUGUGGCGAGACGAUCCCAAGGAAUUCAAGAGGCGCGUCCGCAAGUGUGUCCGCGAGAGCCUUGGAGAGGAAUAAUCAGUUAUACACCACAUAUGCAUUUCACAUUUUGACGUUUUUCGCUCGCCCAUUUGUCUCGCUGCUACUGUCUUCCGCUUUUGGGUCAAGUAACGCACUGGUGUUGGGCGUUUUCGAGCUGUGACCCUCCUCUUUGCCGUCUUCUGUCUUCGAUUGCUUGGCUGCAGCCACCUAGUCCCUAUAGACUAUUCAACCUGGUCACAUUGAGUCCGUCGCAAAUUUGGCUUGCCAGUUUUGGAGUUAUAUAUCCUUGGUUGGUUGGGCAUUGUGGUGGAACAGAUAUAUCCAUCAUUUAUUCUCAUAUCUUGUGUUAGCACAACUGCGCCUGGAUUUUAGCAUGAUUUCCUGGAUCGGGCCG